AUGGGUCCCCUGUGUCCUUGCCCAAACUCAAAAAAGCCUAUGAAAAAGGUACCAGGGGCAUCUCAUGGACCCCCUACUGACCCCGGUCCCUCGGUCAGUGCCCGAGUUUCCAAAUGCAGGGGCGGACUGACAACUCAUGGGGCCCCAGGCAAUAGGGGAUCAUGGGGUCCCUGUAUCCUUGCCCAAACUCAAAAAAACCUAUGAAAAAGGUACCAGGGGCAUCUCAUGGGGCCCCCUACUGACCCCGGGCCCUCGGGCAGUGCCCGAGUUUCCAAAUGGUCAGUCUGCCCCUGGGUACA